AUGAGAGUGGCGCAAGCCAUUGCACUGCUCUCGGUCGCAACACUAGUGCCAUCUGCUGCUGGAAUUGCUUUACCUCUAGUUGAAGCUGACCAAAGCCGGAGGCGCUUUCCUCGGAACGACACUGUGAUCGCGACUGCCCCAGAUGGCAGCACCACUCACUUGUCACCUUUAAUACCAACUCUCCCAACAACAGCAGCAGCAACAUCAUCGCAGGAAACUUUGGUUUCUUCUUCCACCGGCCAAACUUCUUCCGUCGAAAGUCUAGACAGAAUCACUAUAGAAACGACCUCUAGUCUUUGGAGCGAGGUGGUUGAUGAGCUACCUCUAACUACUACAGGACUGGAUAAGAAUUUGACAACUUUAUUUACCAAUACUCGGAUUACUCCAUCAACACAGCAAUUUCUCUCAGAUACCGGGUUAUCGUUGACAGCCGAACGACUGGACCAUGAUUUGACUACUUCAUCUCCAAGCACCGAGGCUACUUUAUUGGCACAACAACUUUCUUCCGAGUCCAGCUCUUUGCUAUUAUCGCAAGUAAUUUCCGUAUCGGAUACCUCGGCCAACCACAGUAUCUUACCUCUCUUUUCACCUUCAAAUCAGGAUCAAGAUGCAAUCUCGCUGCAAAAGCAAGGCGAAGCCCAGGCUUCAAUGCAGAGGAGGCCACACCAGGGUUUCGCCCACCCUUUGACGCCAACAGCACUCAACAACACUAAACUUCAAUCACAUCCCCAAACCUGUGGUCCAGGGCUCACGAACCCAUGUGCAUGGAUCCCCUCUCCUUCUACUACCUCAAGAAGAGGGAACGGCACAUAUACCCCUGGACCUUGGACGUCUGGAACAUUGACGGUGAUAGCACCAACGUCUUUGGUCCCUUGCACGACCUUACAGGAUGACGAGCCUGUUACUGAGUUCUCAAUCGUGUAUACGGCAACGGUGACCUUCUUCGGGAACGUCAGUGAAUACACGCCUCCCUACCCAACAAUCAGCACUCCCAACUUUUGCGACACAGAACCUCUCUUUCCAACAUUAUCUAAAGGGCCAGGCAACGUGGGCGGGCCGUUGCCCUCAUUAACCCAGGGAGUGUCUUCUAAAGAGCCUCCCAGAAAAUGUAUACCCGGGCGAUCUUGCUCAACGGAGAAGGUUCCCGGCUGGUCGAAUCCUACAGCUACUGCCUUUCCUGGCGCGCCAGAGCUGACUUGGUCAUCUAUGCGAUCUACAGUCACCUUUGUGACCACUGAUAAGAAUCCUGCUGUAGUGUUUACCACAGAUCCACCUCCGCGCUUUGACAGGGCGACAAGAGGAGGCGGGCUGCCUAUAAGUGACAAGCAAAAGCCUGAACCUACUGACGAGUCGCACCCAAAUCGACUAGAGUCCUCAGAAAAUCACGAUAAGGCUGUCCCCCAGCCACAGCCUACGUCAGGGGAGCAGUCACCAGGCCGUCCACAACGUCAACCAGGACCUAAUUCUGAAUCCCAGCCAGAGUUAGAGCCUGGAUCUGGUUCUAUACCUGGGUCCGACUCCAGUCCCACCUCUGGCUCUGGCUCUGGCUCUGGCUCUGGCUCUGGCUCUGGCUCUGGUUUUAGCGCUAUUGCUGUCUCUACCAAGAAGUUCGUUGUGACAGCUAGAGGGCAAGAAGUCAUCGUUAAUGACAAGACUUUUUUGAGUCUCAACCCAGAUCAGGUCAAGACAGUCACUGUUGACGAAGGGACAUUCACGAUCCGUCCAACAGAAGUGGCUGGUGAAGGGGCAACGAUAAGGAAACCACAGCCUAUAGGGACUGCAGUCUCUGUUGUUAGCCCUACUAGCACCACGUUUGGACAGGUACCCAUUACUGUUUCUGGAACAGAAGCUGUAAUCGGCGGCACGACGCUCAAAAUACCUCUCAUAGGCACAACCAUGCGACUGGAAAUCCCUACACAGGGCUCGAAUACCGUAAUAGAGGAGCGGAAGAUAUCUAUCAACGCUAACAGAAUUGUGGUGGAUGAUGAAACUCUCAAGUACCAUGGGGUGGGUGGUCCCCAGACAGACGUGAUCAUAGAAGGGGGUGAGAUGGUGACUGCGGCAGGGCAGUCUGUUUUCGUCUUUCGAUCUACGACCCUGACAUAUGGGCCUAACAUCCCUGAGAUUACGAAAACGAUCGACGACGAUGUUAUCACAGUUGGGCCUGGGAAUGUUGUGAUUGACGGGACGACUUUUGGGGGAUCUGAGGCUGAGCCCAAAGACACCAACUAUCGGAUUGUUGGUGGAGCGACGAUCACCAAGGUCAAUCCUUCGUAUGCAAUUAUUGAUGAGACGACAUUUACGGCUGGCCCGGGUGCUAAGCGCACUACAAAGGAGGCUGGAGGUGAAACCAUAACCAUCGGGCCCGACGGCAUUACCAUCGGUACAAUAACGGUCAAAUAUCCUUUUGGUCCUUCAACCGUUACAACUAUCGAAGUAAAGGAGACGGCUUCUGAGAAGUUGCCGGCAGCUACCAGGACCAACAGUAAGAACGCCGUGGACAGCAAGAACAGAAGCGAUGACGACGAUGACGACGACAGUGGUGCAGCAGGGUCUAGGUUAACAAUGGGAAUGACUGGAUUAUGCAUAGCGACUGUGCAAACACUUCGUGCACGGUCAACAACCUUCUCCCCCGAGUUCCAACCCUUCAACUAUAUGCAACAAGAGUCCCUCGAGCAUACCAAACCUUCAAUUCAACCAGACAACCCCUCUAAAACUUCUUCUUCCCAGCAUGGCCUCAUUCACCAUGUCCCGAACGGUCUUCGCCGAGUCUAUUCCGGAGACUCAGGUGGCGUUGACUCGGGCUCUGCACCGGCGCUCCGUCAAGACUCGGGUCAUGACGUCGAUGCCGAUUUGCUCGAUGAGGAGCUACGCCGAUUGAGUCUGGGACAUCACUCGGCCGUUCAACCUUUUGCUCCAGGUCAGCGCAUCUCCGAAUAUGAGAAUGCAAUGACUCCGCCUAUUCCAAAGAAAGCUCUGGGCUUCAAGGUCAUCAAACGCUCCGAAACACCCUCUGAUGGUGUCCAACUCGAAGACUUCCCCAAUGAGAUAUUGACACAUAUUUUCUCUCAUCUGCAUUCCGACUCUCAUGCCGCCAUCGCUCUUGUUUCGAAACGCUUUUAUGCCCUCAUCACCAGCUCCCACGCCUGGCGCAUGGCGUUCCUGCGAUACUUCCCUGGACACGAAGCACUCGAAACCAAGCACAAUGUGGAUAUUUGGGCUUACAAUUCACACGACUUGAUCCAGUCUGAGUCACGAUACUUCACUCGUCUUACGCCGCUGGCAUCCUGGAGAAAAGAAUAUCUUCUUCGCACGCGCUUGGUUAGAUGUUUGGCCCGGGGUAAGCCAGGUGCCUCAAUUGCUUCUGGUGGUAUCGGUGCAUCCGUUCGAAGCGGAAAGAAAACCAGUGCUGUCCUGACGUAUAACUCCAAACUGCCAUGGGCUGUGACGGAUAUUCAUGCCGUCUUUACAAACGGCAAGAAGCCACCAAAGGCCAUUCAUGGUGCUGCCGAUCUUGGAGUAGCAUCGGUCAGUGACCCUACGAAUGGCAGAAUCGAGAAAUGGGGAUUCGCUGAUUCCUUCAACACAAUGCAACUCGACGAGGUAGCCCCCAAUCUUGUACCCUUCGGUUUAGGAGAUGGUCCUGCUGCAACUCCCAAUGUUCUCGAUGUGAGUCAGCCAUAUGGUGUACUUGCAGGCGAGGGCUUCCCAGGAGGUCGUCCAUAUUACCGCCCUGUCGGUGAAAACCGUGGGCGGUACCUCGGAGGUGACUCUGGUGUUGUUGAUACCUAUCCUGAUAUCCCCAAGAUCCCGGAAAUGUCUGAGGCCAUUUGCAGUGUCUGGCUGGCUAAGUCAGCCAACAUACCUACACACACACAGUCAAUGGUCGGUAUGCUGACUGGCUCUACUCUUGGUGUUGUCACCUCGUAUGCUAUCGGAAGUGACUCUGGUCCUCAGCGAUACCAGUCCGGCGAAGUCACCGCUCGCUGGGUGCUCAGCCCUGGUGUGCCAAUUAUAUCUCUUAAAGUCGACGACAACUACAGCCAGAAACGCAAGUCUACUGGGAGGAUAUGGGCUGUCGCCUUGAACGCAUUGGGCGAAGUCUAUUAUCUGACUGAGACACCUGUGGCACAGAGCCAAGUUAAGAGUGAGGACAUCACCAAGAACGCUUGGUUCGCUGGACGUUCAGUUUACUGGCAUCUUCUGGACUCUACUCGACGUGUUGCUCGACCGGACGAACUAGAUAAGAAUGCGAUCAAAGGUGCAUACUCUCCUCGGUCACCUUCUAACUCGAUGAAUCUGAGUAAGAGUCAGCUGGCUGCUGAGGCACGAGAAAUCGAGAAGUUCCUCCGUCACAAGCCUGCGCACUUCCGGAGAGCCUGUGAAGGAUGGGACAUGCAGCGUAAGCUGGAGGUUGAUUUUGCCAACGACGAUGGUCAUGGUGCCGGUGAGAACAUCUUUGUACUUGAUUGCGGUCUUGCCGAAGAUCGUCCUGCUCAUGUUGAGCGUUACACCCGAUCUCUAGUGCCCCAAGACGCUCAAUCAUCUUCGGUCAUAUUAGCCCCCACCCCUCCUCCUCUUUCCGUCUUAAAGCAGCCCUCACUCUUUGGUGCUACCAGCACAGAGACUUUGGAGGUCCCAGAAGAAAAGGCUUCUGGGUAUGCUUCUCCUGCUUCACUUUCGUCGUCGGACUAUUUGUCUCACUUUCACGAAUGGGAGAGCUGCCCGAUGAGGCUGAAAGGACAGAGCCAUGCUGUCAUUACCAGUGUUUCGAUAGACUGCUCCAACACAGCAGUUUUGACGCUCAAUGAAGAUCCUCUACAUGCAACUGAGGAUGAAAUCCCGGGCCGUCGGUCCCGCUUGUUUGCUGUUGGGACAGAUGAGGGCGCUAUCCUUGUCUGGGAUGCUCGUGCGGAUAGCAAAGCCGCAGGUAUUAACCCUGUGCGACAGAUCCAGACGGAAUCUCCGGAGGUAUCCUGCGUCGCUCUCUCGGCUAUGUACGUUGUUCAUGGUGGCAACGAUGGACUUGUUCAAGCAUGGGAUCCCCUGGCGUCGACAUUGGAUCCUGUCCGUACACUCAAUGCGAGGUCCAACGGCCGAGUGCCUCGACAUAUGAUGACAAUGAACCCUACCCUUGACGAGUCAACUUAUUCUGCAGUUCGCGCCAUCUAUCUCGACCCCGAUCCAACCGUCCUUCGCGGUGUUGUUUCUUUCGGUGCUUUUCUGAGAUACUGGGCAUAUAGCUCUGCCAGUCAUGCCUCGGGACGUAAGCGCCGGCUCAGACACUCGGACGUACAUGGUCGGUUGGCCAGUCGACGCCAAGGAGGCACGGUUACAGGAUUCAUCGCUGCCGAGGAAGCUGAGAUAAAACGUGAAAAUGAAUUGAAGGCUAAGGAGCAAAGUCGACUACGUAAUCGCUUUGGUGUCGGUGCACUUGGAGAUUUGACCGAAGAAGAGGCUUUGCGAUAUGCUCAAAUGGUCUCUGAGGAGGCGUUCCUUUUCGAGGAACAACGCCGAACAAGUGACUCUGCCGCUGAUGCAAGUCUAGACACUGCAUCGACAUUCAGUGAGACCACUGUUGACACUGUUACUCCUGAGCCCAGCGUCACGGACAUGAUAACCCCGCCGUCUGCAUCGACAGAUAAUGUUGGUCGAGCACCCGUUGAGGAUGACUACGAACAGCAAAUUCAGCAGGCCAUUCGACUGUCCCUAAUGGAAGGCGUGAAUGAGAACGGCACAUCACCUCAGGCAGCAGACUCCGGUGACUAUGAGUUUUCGCUUACAUACAAGCCCAAGUCCACCAAGAAAGCAAAGGAUUCGGGUUCCGCAUCACCAGGUGCUUUCCAAACGGGAUUUUUGGGACACGCCGAGCCCGGGGACCAUGAUCUGGAACUUGCUCUUAAGCUAAGCAUGGAGGAUCAUGGUUUGUCUUCAUCAGAAGUAGCAUUAGGCUUUCAUCAUGAAGAGUUUCCCUCUCUAGAAACUGAAGGUGUUGGCAAGGGGAAAGGCGUACAGAGAUGA